UUGCAGGAGGGGCGUGAGGGAGCGCGUGACGGGGAGGGAGCCGGCGGGGCGAUGGCGCGGCCCGGCGGGUUCGAGGCGGCCGAGCAGCAGCAGCAGCAGGAGGUGCUGUCCCGGCAGCAGGAGCGGCAUUACCGGCUGCUGGCCGAGCUGCAGGCGCUUGUCAAGGCGCUGCCCAGUGCCUGCCAGCAGCGCCUCUCGUACACGACGUUGUCCGAGCUGGCGCUGGCGCUGCUGGACGGGACCGUGUUCGAGAUCGUGCAGGGGCUGCUGGAGAUCCAGCACCUCACCGAGAAGAACCUGUACAGCCAGCGGCGGCAGCUGCACAGCGAGCACCGCGGGCUGAAGCAGGAGCUGUUCCAUCGGCACAAGGAGGCCCAGCAGUGCUGCAGGCCCCACAACCUGCCACUGCUCCGUGCAGCCCAGCAGCGUGAGAUGGAGGCUAUGGAGCAACAGAUCCGAGAGGAGCAGCGAAUGAUGGAUGAGAAGAUUGUCUUGGAACUGGACCAAAAAGUAAUCGACCAGCAGAGCACCCUGGAGAAGGCCGGGGUGUCUGGCUUCUACAUCACCACCAACCCCCAGGAGCUGACUCUACAGAUGAAUUUGCUGGAGCUGAUUCGGAAGCUGCAGCAGAAGGAAGCUGAGGCUGACAAGACUUUUUCCUGAAAGAGCAAAUCUACUGUUCACCUCCCAGAGUUUUUCCUCUGACUUCCCUCUAAACAGACUGUCCAUGCAUUUGCUUUGUUUUGUGUCGGGAAGAGGCUACAGGAGUAGAAGAAAUUGCUGAGACACUUAGAUUAGAGCUGGGGUAGGCAGAGCCCAGCACAGGGGAUGGUUUGGAGCCUGGCUCUCAGGUCCUCAGAGCAGUGUCAGCUGCGUCUGGCUCAGCUGGGAGAAGAUGGAGCAUGGUCACCUGCCAGGAAUGUCCUCAGUGGUGCUGAGGCCAUCACUGAGCCAAGGCUGGGCUGAGCACA